UAAAGCUCCUCCUUUUCAACGCUUUUUACACCAGAUCUCUUGGACUGACUCCGUGGAGAUGCGUGCUUGCUGAGGGAGGCCAUUUUUACAAUCUGGGUCAUUCUCUCUCUUACUUUCUCUCUCUAUAUCUGCAGCAAAUGCAUUUGCAGUUAUAAUCUGUGUAUAUAUAUAUGUAUGUGUGCAUCGACACAUACAAAAGCAGACACGGAUAUAUAUGAGAGAGUUGGAGGAGAAGAGAUUUCAUCAAUGGAGAAUGGUGGUAACGGAGUGGUGACGUUGUUGUUCACGGAAGAGGAGUUGCGUGAGAUAAGUGGGGUAAAGAGAUGCGAUGAUUAUGUGGAGGUGAUGUGUGGGUGUACAAGCCAUCGAUAUGGUGAUGCUGUUGCUAGACUUAGGGUUUUCUCGUCUGGUGAACUUGAAAUCACCUGUGAAUGUACUCCUGGAUGCACUGAAGACAAGCUUACUCCGUCUGCGUUUGAGAAGCAUUCUGGGAGAGAAACUGCUAGGAAAUGGAAAAAUAAUGUAUGGAUCAUUGUCAAUGGUGAUAAAGUUCCUGUGGUAAAGACCCCAUUGCUAAAAUAUUAUAACAAGUCUCUAAAGCAUGCUAUUUCUCAAAAUGGAAAAGCUUGUCAUCGUGAUGAGUUCCUAAGAUGUACCGAGUGCAACAAAGCCCGCAGGUUCCGUCUCCGUUCAAAGGAAGAGUGCAGAACUUACCAUGAUGCUUUGGCGAAUGUGCAUUGGAACUGCUCUUGUAUUCCUUAUGACAAAUUUUCAUGUGACGAUGAAGAAGAGCGAGCAAGCCGUAGGGUGUACAGGGGAUGUUCUCGUUCUCCCACAUGUAAAGGUUGCACCACCUGUGUUUGUUUUGGUUGCGAAAUAUGCAGAUUUUCGGACUGCAGUUGCCAGACGUGCAGUGACUUCACAAAGAAUGCAAAAGGCUGAAUUAUUUGUUUCCAAUUUGAAUGGGGUAUGUGUUCCCCAUCAUUAUUAAUUCAUCUAAAAACCCCUACUGCUCAUGUUUUUGCUGACAUAUCUAAGACCCAUUAAUUGCCGUUUUACAUUCACAAUCAAAGGUUUUCUUCUGUCUAUAAAUAUUGAUGCAUCGUUUUCCUGUUUUGAUGCGGAAUAUAAAUUUAUGAG